AUGACCACACUCACGAUGAUGACGACGUGCCGUUUGCUGUGCGCCCUGUUGGUGCUUGCCCUGUGCUGCUGCUCGUCCGUGUACGCGGCAGACGCUCAGUUGGAGGGUACUGAAAAUCAUGUUGAAGAACGAGACAGCAUACUGCCGCCUCCUCCACCAGAGCCACCAACUGCUAAGCCGCCUAUUGCUCGCGGAAGCGUCACCAGUGAUUCGUUCUCUGCAUCAGAGGAUAAACAGGGGAAAGGUAAUUCAGAGUCGCCAGGUUUGGGGUCCUCUGCGGAAUCGGGAAAAAGUGCCGUAGAGAGAGAUUCCACCGUUACGGAACCGCAGUCAAAUAACGCACCCAAUACGAUACAGACAGAAGUUAAUAAUGGCACUACAGGACCACGAAGUGGCACAAGUUCUUCCGCUGACCAAACAGAUAAUAACGCCAAAGAUGUUUCCGCAACAACCACGACUACAACAAAGGAACCAACCACGACCACCACCACUGCGCCAGAGGCACCAAGUACUACGACUACAGAGGCGCCAGCUGUGUCGAGCACCCGCGCACCGUCACGUCUUCGCGAAAUCGACGGCAGCCUCAGCAGCUCUGCGUGGGUGUGUGCCCCGCUGGUGCUCGCCGCAUCCGCGCUGGCGUACACCGCUGUGGGCUGA